GAGAUUAAAAUCCUUCGAUAUUGAUCUGAUUUGCUUCGUUGUUUCUUUCUGCUACAAGUAGAUUAAAAAAAUGGCAUGGCGCAGUGCAGCCCGCUCUUUCGUCUCCGCUACAGCUAGAGCUCCGUCUCUCCGAUCUCCGCCGGCAACGCUUCCCCGCCUCCGUCCUUCCCAAUCCUCUUUGCCCCGCCGCCGAUUUGCCUCUUUCACUAAUCCCAGGAAUUUGGGAGAGCUUGGAUGCACAGAGUCAUUCCUGCCUCUGUACAAUGUUGUGGCUGCAGCUCGACUCACAUCUCACCUUAAUGUUAAUCUGCGAGCUUUCUGCGAACUCUCUAACGGGAAUGGAAAAGAUGGGAACUCAAAAGAUUUAGACCCUAUAUUUCUCUUCAUGUAUGCAAUCAAACAAUACAGUAGGUACUUGAAUGGACAAAGUGGAUGCAUCACUUAUCUUGAAGCAGUUGGAGACUUGAAAAAAGGGGUGUACCAAGAAGAACUCAUUGGUUGUUUUGUGUUCCAUUAGGAACCAAAAACUAAAUUACAUUAAUUCUAUCUUCCUUCACUUUUGACAAUUUCCAGUUUUAGAAUCUGGAUUUCUCUUCAUAUUUCUUGUUGUUUAGCCCAAUGGCUUUGAAUACUUGAGGGUAGAUUCAGCUUUUCUUUCAGCAUAUUCUUCAAGAUCCAUUGUUUCAUCUUUGUAUUUAUAAUGUUACUCACUCUCUUCAGGUUUACUGAAAAGGAUUUUAAAGAAAACUUUCUUUUAGUG